UUGACGUAACCGUUGGCCAAUAAGCGAGCAGGUCUAAAAGUAAUCGGUCCAGCCUUCUCGGAGAAUGCUAGAGAUACUCGGUAAUGGCGACAGGUCGGCCUGCCCAUGUGACAAGGUGUAAUAUGGUGUGGGAGGUAAAGACAGUCUCUAAAAGAAUCCAGGAAUCCAAGACAGAUUGCUCCAGCAUGGACGAGGCCUUUGACCUGCUCAAGUGUAAUGAGGACCUGACAUCUUCACCAGGCUGCCCCUCUACUGAAGGCCCUAUAGAAUACGAUGACUUGCCAGAACUACAGGAAGUGAAGGAUGACCAGUCGUCCCCAGCAGUGUUCCAGGUGACCCCGGGUGUGUCGCAUGAAGAGAGGCCUGAGCCGGGCUGGAGCCUGCAGACAGAAAGCAGUAGCAUCUCCCACACAAACUGGCUCACGGAGUUAGCCAACAUCGCCACCAGUCCCCAAAGUCCUUUACUGCAGAGUGCACCCCACCCCAGGUCUUCGCCUGUGCAUAUCUUUGCCCACAGUAACAGUUUACAUUCCUACGCCCGGCCUCCGUUGGCCUCCAGCAGUGCUCCCAGUCCUGCUCGUAGCCACAUGAGAGAGCGUCGCCGCACGAGGGCUAGCAGUGAGUCAGAGUCUGGGAUAUUCUGUAUGUCUUCACUGUCUGAUGAUGAUGACAUGGGAUGGUCCCAUUCUUGGCCCUCCACAGUCUGGCACUGCUUUCUGAAAGGCACACGCCUGCGUUUUCACAAAGGGCCAAAUGUGGAGUGGCAGGAGGUAGAAGAUGUGGCUGAGUCUGAAGAUGAGUCUGAUGAUGAAGGAGGCAUGCACCUCAGUCCCAUUAAAACAUAUGGAUGUGAGGGGUUGAAACUUGUGGCCCUGGAGGAGACUGUGUCAUUUGGCCAGUCGGUUCUGAAAUUAACCUUUGACCCUGGUUCUCAAGAGGCUGGGCUUCUAACUGCUGAGUGCCAACUGGACCAUCCAUUUUAUGUGAAAAAUAAAGGUUGGUCCUCUUUUUAUCCGAGCCUUACUGUGGUGCAGCAUGGUAUUCCCUGUUAUGAAAUGCAGAUUGGGGACUUGUGUCUACCUCCAGGACACCGUGAUGCCAUCAACUGUGAUGACUCAACUGUUUUUGACACCUUCAGGAGUUAUGACUUCACCCCUCUGGACUCAUCUGCUGUGUAUGUGCUGAGCAGUAUGGCACGCCAGAGAAGAGCAUCCCAGUCAAGCGGGGGCACUGUGAGCCCUGACUGUGACAAGCUGGAGCGUUCUGGCUCUUCCCAUCACUCCCCUAGUAGCAAAUCACAUCGUAGCCACUCCUCAGGGGGAACUGCAGCCACACCUACAAAAUGCAAACGGCCAAUGAACGCUUUCAUGCUCUUUGCUAAGAAGUAUCGAGUGGAGUACACACAGAUGUAUCCUGGGAAAGAUAACAGAGCUAUUAGUGUGAUUCUGGGUGAUAAGUGGAAGAAAAUGAAGAACGAGGAGAGAAGGAUGUACACCAUGGAGGCUAAAGCGCUGGCUGAGGAGCAAAAACGCCUCAACCCAGAUUGUUGGAAACGCAAGAGAACCAACUCGGGUUCUCAGCAGAACUAGCCAUGAAACAGGAAUGGGAGCGAAUGACAUCACCUAUGCCAUCUAUCCACCCGUACGAGUGAGGAGACUUAACUGUGAUGAUUACAGCAAUAUAUAUAUAUAUAUAUAUAUAUAUAUAUAUAUAUAUAUAUAUAUAUAUAUAUAUAUAUAUAUAUAUAUAUAUAUAUAUAUUUGAACAUACACACACACAUCAGUGGGGUCCAAAGGUCUGAGACCACUAGUGAAAAUGCUUAUAUUUGGCAUUCUUUUCUAAUUUAAUGCAACAAUUUGAGUGAAAAAUAGAAUCUUUGAAAUAUUUACAUGAAUUUUAGACUUUCUUAGUACUUGGUAUGUCCCCUUUUUGCUUUAAUGACAGUGUGCACUCAAGCUGGCAUGGACACCACAAGUUUUGCAAAACCUUACGAUCCAUUUUAAAUCAAAUCCACCGGAGUGCCGUUUGAACACAAGCUUCAAUAGAAGAGAUGAGGCAGGAGGACCUUUUGUACAAAGCAGUUAACAUGGUCAAUAUUACAAAUUUGCUUUUAAUUAAAUAGGGACCUAGAAAUAGUGAAGAAUCUUGAAUAAUAAAUAUUCAAGAUAUUGAACAUUUGAAUAUUUCAAAAUUCUAAAAACUUCUGUUUAUUUCUAUUUUUAAAUGAAAAAAAAAAAAAUCCUGGAUGUUUUCAAUGUGGUCUCAGAUUCUUAGACCCCACUAUGUGUUAUACAUACAUGCAUUAUACAAUGUGCAUUUAUAUAUAUAUAUAUAUAUAUAUAUAUAUAUAUAUAUAUAUAUAUAUAUAUAUAUAUAUAUAUAUAUAUAUACACACACACACACACACACAAACACAUUAUGAAGCAUAUUAUCUAUUAAACUAACAGCGCAUAUAUUUUUCUUAUUCUUUCAAAAAUUAUGAAAAUGCCUUAUUCUUCCAAAGUAAGAAAAUGCUCACUUGUACUUUCAGGUAAUUUUGUAUUUCUAUGCUUGAAAGGUGAGACCCUGUGGUGCUAUUUUAGUGAGAGCAAAGGAGCAGUAUAUAUAUCGAAAAAAGUAUAUUUUUAAAUGUAAAAAGAGGAAUUUUAGAUGCUAGUCAGCUUGUUUUGCAGUUGUUCAUAAGAGUUAAGUUUGUAUAACUCAAAAUAUUGCACAGACGCAUUGUAUUGCAAAUGGACAAAUGUUGAAUUUCAUGUUCAUCAGUGAACUGGGAAUGGUUGUAUUCUGUAGACACCAAGACACCAGCCUAGACCAUAAACUGUGUGUGGGAGCACGAGCAACGUGCGUAUGGGUGUUUGUGCACCCUCCAACCGGCCAUAUUAUAGUGCAUAACAUGCUCACAUACACACAUAAAGACACACACACACACACACAUACACACACAUGAUCACAAAUGAACACAUAUAUACAUGACAGCACACAUUCACUCUCACAUACAGCACUUCAGGGCCAUGCCUUCACUGUAAGUGUUUUGUUUUUGCACUUUACGUACAUACAUAAACUUGUACAACCAGUAGAUGUAUACAAACUGAUAUAUUGUGUAUAAAAUUAUAUAUAUAUACUUUACUCACAAUCAUGGCCAAACUGUAUAGUUUAUUUUGUGCUUUGCAGGGCUGCCCUCACUUUUGAGAAAAAGAGUUGUUGAUAAUGUACAGGUCCAUGUUCCCAUUCAGUUCUUGCACAAAAUAUUCUUGUAUCAUAUUAUAAAUAAAGUUUUAAAAUUAUUGUACACUCA